AUGUCCAAAAAAGGGGAUUUCGGGAGGCAGAGCAUGAUUGUGUAUCCCGUGGAUCCCACUGAAUGCCCUUUCCGGGAAUUCCGGGAUAACGAAUUGUCUGCUGAUACUUGGGGGAUGGGGCCGGCAGCAUUCCGAGCAAGCCAUGCGCUAUCGAAAGUGGGUGCCAAGCCGCACGCAGAUCAGGCUUGGGUGGAUGAACAGACCCAGCCGCUGCCGCGCUCCGUGAGGCAGUAUCUCCAUGGCUGGAUGAAGGCUGAGGAGCUGGCCCUCAGCCGUUGGGAAGCUGAAGUUGUUGUUUUUGAGGACACAAACGAUGGCGGCAAGAUGACAGUGGCCGACAUUCAGUUGAGUCACGCGCAGGUGCUGCUGCGCUCUUCCUUCUGCAGGACCGUUCUCUCCAUGUGCUAUAUCUUGGAACGGGUGGAUAGUGUUAUCGUGGAACAUCAGUGGGAGAACUUCACGUUCAGCAUUGGCCCGGAAGGUUGGAGAGCAAGGUACCACAUAUACUCACCAGGUCUGAAACCCGGCGGUGGCGCUCAGCAUCGACCGGGGCUAUCGAAGAAUGGCUGUUAUCUCGUGCGUCUCUUCUACCUGGGUGCUUGGAGGUGCGUGUGGGUGAGCGACCUGGUGCCUAUCGACGCUACGGACGCCCCCCUCCUCCCCUUCUCCCCCCUCCUCACCCGCGCUCCCAUGAAACCUGGGACGAAGCAGGCACCGGCUACCGUCACAUCCCAAUUUGUUCACCUGUGGCCGCUGCUGAUUUGUAAGGCGCUUCUUAAGUUGGCCGCGCCCGACAUGAAUGCCGACGAAGGCACAGAUUUUGAAGAUGAAUUGAUGCCAGAUUUUGAUAUAUUGCACGCCCUCACUGGCGCGAUGAACUUGACUUAUAAAAAGAAGGAUCCAGAGGAAAUUUGGGAGCUCCUGACCUCCGAGGUGCCAGUGUUCUCUUGGGAUGAUGAAAGUGACACAAUGACCAGCACCAUUAAAUCUAAGAGCACCAAGAAGCCGACCACAAAGGAAACUUCCAAUGUUAGGCGGGGAUCUCUCACUGCGAUUCUCAUUGAUGAGACAAAGGGUUUCCCUCCAUACUACCUCCCGGGUAUCACACCGGGCCAUGAAAUGAACCUACUUCUCACGAUGGCCAGGGAUCUGCCUCUGAAGAAACCACUGCCAGAACCAGAGGUACCGUUGUGGAAGACGUAUCGGUGGGUGGACUGGGCGCGCCGGCACGGCCUGUACGAGGCCUUCGACUGCCCCCGGACGAGGUUCCUUAAAGUCAAUGGGCUGUUGAAGUCUUCAUACGCACCGCAUCUCUUGGACGUUCAGAGCACUGAGUCGAUAACUUUCCAGUUUCGGGAAGAGCAUGACCGAACUAAUCCACCAGCGAGAAAGGGGGGCAAAGACGUGAACCGUUCGGGGACAACUGCUCUUGGUUCCAACCAACAGAUGAGGGAAGAGCUGCGGGAAUGGAUUCAGUUUGAUGCGAUUCAGCAAUUGAUCAAGAGAGUCACAAUCCUGUUCUUCCCGUCGAUGUAUGAAUUCACGUCAACAGCGAGUAACCCGCCCGUCAGGAUCACAAAGACACCUUUAAGCCGCGCUUUGGACAUUCCAGCGCCAAAAUCUGGACCUCUGUACCUCCAAAUAGACGGGCCAGAUGAGAACGUGCUGAGAAUCUCUUUGAAUAUGCUGCACCCACGUGUUCUGCUGAACUGUGGUGUUCCAAUAGUUGAUUAUAUUGAACCAGCGUAUCUGUUUCUGGAGGUAUUUGAGUGGUUUGUGGAUUGUGAAUUGCCUAUGGGAAAGGCGUAUAUAGCUACCAGGGGAUAUGACUCUGUAGAAGUGAAGUUUGUCCCGGGGAGACAUUUCUGCAGGAUAUGGGUACACUCACGCAUGAACUGGACGGCGAUGUUGCUAAGCGAGUCCACACUAUUACUUGGUGGCCGGGAUAUUAUUCAGUCAGCCGCGGUCCGGGAUUGUCCCUGGGCGUCUAGAUACCUCACCAACCUCAGCCUGGCCUUCUCCAACUGGAUGCGGGUGACUCGGUCCAGCGCUAACUUGGCGGUGAACGAUAGAGAUUUCUACAAUUCAUAUCAACCUGACCUAACAUGGGAUGAAAAGGUCGUUGGCUACAACAAGAAACUCUUGCACUGGAUGUUUCGUCAGGCACUACAGUCUCUCCUUGCGAAACGGCUAUUGCCACUCGAAUUUAGAUCUACUUGCACUGUAUUAAGACGGUUUAUGCACGAUCCCGAUUUCGGCUUCCCACCAAAACCACCGCCGCCCACGUCGUUGCGAGAUAUAGCUAUGAUGGACCCGUGCGAUUGUGUUUUACCCGAAGCCGAGGAAAUGGAAGUUUUCGGUGAACAAUUAGAAGAGCAACAGGUCUCAGAAGAGAAACCAGUUGUCGACAAGGAAACAAUGGAUAAACUUCUAUCGCCUCCAAAAUUACCCGUGACUUCUAAUGUCUGCGAGUUGGCAACCGAGGAAGUACCUUGUGGAGCUCUUAAGGAAGAGAGGGAGAAGGUUUUGAAGAAGCAUGAUGCAGCAAGAGUGAUACAGGCGCAUUGGAGAGGCGCCUGGGCUAGGAAGUGUCUGACCAUGAAUGUCAUUGUUUCUCCUGAUGUUACAAAAGUGUUAAUGGAUCAAGUAUUCGGCAACAUGGAAUCACUGUCGAUGCUGAUGAAUGAGUUCUUCGCUAUGUACCCCGGAGCGCGCUACGCGUACUCCGUGGCCUCUGCCCUCAGCGGAGUGUAUGGUCUGCAGCAGCACAAUGGAACAGCACCGGUGACUCCGAAGUGCAAAUGGGUGCCAUACUUCCAAGGAGUUUUCUACUGCCAUGGCUCGGUGAAAGUCCACUUCGAUGUUCAGAGCUCGCUGCAAUAUAGCACUUUUGCUGUGUAUGACAAUGACAAUGGAGAAAAAAUGCCACAAGCCUAUAAUGCACAUGUUACGUUUGAUUUUCAUCCGAAUGAGCAUGGGUACACAAUAAUGGGUCACGGUACACUCACUGAAGCACCCGGCACCUACUCCGACGCUCACUGGCAGCUCACGGUACUCUCGUCGACAGCUGAUGUCUUCCAUGUGUGCGAUAAUGACGAUCCGUGCAGGGAGAUACUCUUGGCCCCGGCGAGCAAGUUGCAUAUAGAUGAGAUAUUCAUACCGAAUCGGCGGAACAUUCUAGGCGGCGUGCAGAUUUCUGUGUCGAAACAUGAGGCAAUCAGCUUUAGAGCGGCUGCGACUUCGCCUGAGUUGGAAAUGGAGGCGAUACUCCGAACGAAGACGUACGAGGGUGAACUGGAGGAGCUGGGGAGAUGUUCAGGAACAGGGGAGCUGUACUGGCCGUACGUUCGGCUCGAACCGACUCCUCCGAUGCUUUUGUAUCCGGGGAAGAAGAAGUCAACCUCGCACUCUAACUUGCAUGCGGUAUUUUAAUCAGCUAUAUCCAGCGCCCGUUCAUUAAAAGUCACUAAGCCAGCGAAACCGCCUAUGUCAGGAGCGAAAAGCAAAUCCUCUACAAAGGUAAACGAGUACCGCCCGAAGGAUUUAGAAACAAAACAAUACUGUAUCGAAGUAAUAGCACCCAAAGGUUGGCCACUGACCCUACAGCAAUGGAACAGGGUUGAUGAAGUCCGCAACUCCCAAGAAACAGCUAAAGUUGAACAGUCCCCGAAGAAGCCCACGAAAGAAAAGGGUGGAUCAGCAAAAGAAAAAGAGAAACCCGCACCGGUCACAAUGCACCAACCACAACCUGGUGAUGCCUACGUGGAACUGGAAUGUUCUCUGGCGAUCGGUGGUGGGUCUGUUGCUAGGCGUGAUGAUGAUAGGGAUCUCGAGUUCGCAGCAGCGCGGAGAGCUUGGGAUGCUAAGGACGUUGGCAGGAAUUUGAGAGGAGCACAGAUUAGAAAGGAAUUCAGAGCGGAAUUUCUCGAAGCCCUACCGGUACCGCCCUCUGAAAGCGAAAGCUCCAUGCUAGAGGAAGCCGCUUAUCUGGAAGAAGUAGAAGGGGAAGAGAAAAAGGGAACUGAGAAUCCGCAGCAGCAAGGACCAACGCCGGCAACAGAAAGCGGUGUGGAGUUAGAAGCAGAAGAGGAGAGUGAAGAAGAAUCUACAUAUUUGUCGAUGCCCGAACAGUUGAAGGACAAAUUUGUCCCGCUCAAUUUUGUACCGCUUUGUACUAGAGACACAACCGACCAGGAAAGUAUCCUCAUAACACCAGAAUUAGCGGAGAUAGCCAAAGUAGAGCGUCAAGCUGGCAUAGAUUCAGCGCUGGAGCGCAUGCGCGAGCUGCAAUACUACAACGAACUAUAUGUUCUGGGGAGGCAGAAGAAGAGAGGACAAUUACUGGAAAGACUGUUUGUUGAUUCCCAAUGGAACCCUGAGUUGGCUGAAGUUUUGGAAGAAAGAGAUGAUGCGAUUGCCCAAGAGAAUCUCAAUCGAACUCUUUCUGCAAACAAGAAGAAACAAGAGGCGAAGAAGAAGUAA